UUCACAUCGAUAUUUAAAGCAUACUCAGCUGCUUCCUCUUUUCAGUUAUAGCAACGCAACAAUGGCUCAUCAAGGCGUUCUCGGUUGCGCACAAUCCAUACACACGCUCCAUUCCGUUGCUGGAUCACAGGUGCCUCAGCACACAUCAUCAGAAGGCACAGCACAAGCACCGCUCGAGGCGCCCUAUAAACAAAGACAGCCAAAAUGGGGCCAACGCGCUAAAGCCGCACUUAUGCUGCCAGUGCACUUUGCAAUAAAAGGGCUGCGCAAAACGAACCUGACCAUGUGGAUUAUACUGGGCCUAGUGAUUGGAAUCGUUGUCGGGCACACUGCACCAGCAUUUUCGGUCAAAAUAAAACCACUUGCCGACGUUUUCCUGCGAAUGAUCUCGGCACUGGUCACCCCGCUGAUAUUUUCGACGCUUGUUGUCGGUAUUGCCGCGCACGGAGAUGACCUAGUCACAGUCGGUCGUUUGGCGAUCAAGUCGCUAAUUUACUUUGAGAUCGUUUCAACACUGGCCAUCCUCUUGGGGCUGCUGAUGGUCAAUGCCGUGAAGCCCGGAAAGGGAACGCAUAUCGAGGCAAACAACGAUGUGCCAACAACAAAUGGCACAAUCACUUGGGAUGGCGAGCUGUUCAAGAUUGUUCCAAAGUCAUUUUUCCAGGCGGCGGCCGAGGGGGAGAUUCUUCAAAUUGUAUUUUGCGCGCUCAUGUUUGCAGUGGGCUUAUGCCAGGUACCGUCGCAGCCCGUGCGACAGGCCAUGAUUAGUUUUCUGCACUCGCUUUCGGAGACAAUGUUCAAGGUUACCGGGCUGGUGAUGAACUAUGCACCUAUCGGAAUUGGCUGCUCGAUCGCCGCCACAGUCGGAAAAAACGGACUCGGUGUGCUAAUAUCGCUGGGAAAGCUUGUCGGAACGCUGUAUGGCACUCUGGCAAUUUUUAUUGUAAUAGUCCUGGUGCCUGUCAUGCUCAUUGCCAAAGUACCAAUAAAGCUGUUUUUUGUCACGGUUUGGGAGCCCUUCCUUCUAGCAUUCACGACCGCGUCAUCCGAAUCUGCGCUCCCAAAGGCCAUGGAAAACCUUGAGCAGCGCAUGGGCAUUCCAAAAAAAAUUGUUGGGUUUGUGAUCCCCACCGGCUACAGCUUCAACCUCGACGGCACCAGCCUGUACUUAAGUCUAGCAGCAAUAUUCUGCGCGCAGGCCACCAACACGCACUUGUCUGUUGCCAAGCAAGUAGUUCUGAUGUUAUCGCUGAUGCUGACUUCAAAGGGUGUGGCCGCCAUUCCACGGGCCUCUUUUGUCGUUUUAUCUGCCGCGUUGGGUAACUUUGACAUUCCAAGUGAUGCCUUGUCACUGAUUCUAGGCGUUGACGCGUUUAUGGAUAUGGCGCGCACGGGCGUUAAUGUCAUGGGCAACUGUUUGGCUGCGUGUGUAAUUGCUCGUUGGGAAGGUGUUUAUCCUCCGUAUGGUCGCUGGGAGGGCAGAUGGGCCGAUAUGGAUCCAAGGUUACAACAAAACCAAAUCGAGAUCGAAUAUAAUAAUAUUGACAAUGGCAUUGGCACUGGCACCGGCACUGGCCAGAAGCAAGACGAGUGGAAGGGGUCAAAUACCCGUGUAUCGUCUCACUUGGAAGAAGGAAUGGCAGUUGUUUUGCACAAGAACAUUUAAUUUUG